AUGAUGUACGAUCGGAAGCUGAACAAAGCCUUUGAUAGAGUGAUGAUGCAGAUAGAGCAGCUAACCGCAUCAUCGGGCGAGCUGUCUAAGCAGGCCGAGGAGACCAGGCUGAGAAACAGGGAGCUCCAGGAGGAGUUAGAGGCGGAGAGAGCGGCAAGGGGAUCGCUUAAGUCGUGGGCUGACCAAGAGAUAGCUCGGCUAAAUGAGAGCUUGGUCGUUGAAGUAAGUAAGGCCGAAGCGGCCCUGCGAGGUCGGCAGCAGCAGCGUCAGGGAAAACUAAAGCGGUACUGCAAGGACAUGGUGGAAGUGAACCGCAUUACUUCCCUUGCAAACCAAUCGGGAUGCAUUAAGGCUUAUCUUGAAGACAUCAAAGAGGUGGGAGCGCAGAUUUUCGAGGCGCGGUUUCAAAGCCUUGCGGCAGAUAAAGCAAAGUAUAUAGCUGAGCUCGGCGCCCUUGACGUCGUCGAGGUCACAGACGCAGAUUUUGAAGUCACGCCGCGACGCAGCUUCGAACCUUCUUCGGAGAGGGUCGUGGCUGAUGUCGCGGCUUCCCUUAAUCAGUACGGGUCUCAUAUGUCGCCUCAGCGAUGUGUAGCCGAUCUAUCGUCAGGGAGUAGUAGCGACGAGGAAGGUGAAGUGAGGGAUCCUUCUACUGGAGAAUUUUUGGCCCCACUCUCUGGCAAUCCCGUUACCCCGGCUGCUCAAACUUAA